AGUAAAAUGGAUAAAAUUUGACAUUCAAUAACAUAACCUAUAAAUUUUAAGACAAUAUUUGGAUUUGUCGUAAUGACAUUGGUUUUAACAUUUUCUUAUUUCUUAAUCAAAAAAUGGCAAAAUAUAUUGCUCAAAUAAUAGUUCUUGGAACUCAGGUUGUCGGACGAGCGUUUGCUAGGGCACUAAAACAGGAAUUAGCUGCGUCACAAGAGGCUGCUAAAAGAGCUGGUGGAGGCCCUGAAGGCGCAAGAAGAGCGGCAGCAAAUGCUUCCACAGGACUGACACUAGAAGAAGCUAUGCAGAUUUUAAAUGUUGAAAAAUUAGACCCUGAAAAAAUUAAGAACAACUAUGAACAUUUGUUCAAUGUUAAUGAUAAGGCAAAAGGUGGUUCCUUCUACUUACAAUCUAAAAUAGUUAGAGCUAAGGAAAGAAUAGAAACGGAACUGAAAAGUAAUCAACCGAAGCAAGAUCAAAGUCAAUCCAAGGCCUCGUCAUGAAAAAACAAAAUUAAUUUGUUCUUUGUUGUAGAUUAAUUAUUGUUUUAGUAAAACAAUUAUGUUUUAUAAAAUAUU